AUGACGAGAGAAAAGUGGGCGGAGGAAAGUGCACAACAAGCGGCAAGCUUGUUAGUGCAAGUGACAAUUUUACUAUUUAAAAAGCUUUUUGUCUGGCAGUUGAAACUUGAGGUCGGACAGAAACCAAGGAAUUUUGCCACUGCACUACCAUCACCGUUAGUCACCCAAAGCGCACCAAACACUCCAAUAGCACAUCGAAUGGCAAGGCAAGAAGCAAAUCCAGACUUAGAAGCUCAGCGGCACCAAAAUUUGGUUGCACCUCAGGGAAAACCACUCAAUAAUAACUAUUACAGAGCGGGUUUAGGAACGCUUUAUGAAGGAAUUUUUGCAUGCUUUCGACCAGUAUGGGGAUAUUUUGGACGAAGUAAUAAUGAUUUGGUAAAAUCAAUAGAAGACGAUUGGGAGAUACCGUUUGAAGCGAUUACGGGUUUAGAAUGGCUUGGC